AGCUGACAUGACGCAGGACGGCGGGAACACCAACCUGAAGAAGAAGUCUGUGUUCGUUCCCUACAGAGACUCGGUGCUGACCUGGCUGCUGAAGGACAGCCUGGGGGGCAACUCCAAGACCAUCAUGAUCGCCACCGUGUCCCCCGCCGACGUGAACUACGGCGAGACGCUAAGCACCCUGCGCUACGCCAACCGAGCCAAGAACAUCAUCAACAAGCCCACCAUCAACGAGGACUGCAACGUCCGGCUGAUCAGGGAGCUGCGGGCCGAAAUCGCCCGGCUGAAAGCUCUGCUGAUCCAGGGCAACCAGGUAAACCAGCCCGGGCCG